CGGGCCGGGAGACGAUACUGGGUGGACCGUGGGGAAGAUGGCGGCUGCCGUAGCGGGCCCACGUGGAUGCGGCGCUGCGGUGGGCGAGGAGGCGGACAGCGAUUCUGAGUUAAGCUCAGGACUUCCAGAAGACAGCUACUCUUCAGGAGGUGAAGCCCUGGAUGGUGAUGAUGAAGAUGAAACAGCAGCCCUUGGUGAUGUGGUUGAAAAGGCAACAAGCUCCAAAGCUGGCCCAGGUGCAGGCUGGGCAGAUGCCAUGGCAAAAGUGCUCAACAAAAAGAUUCCACAAAAUAAGUCCACCAUCUUGGCCAAGAAUAAAAAACUGGAGGAGGAGAGAGAAAAGGAAAAACAAGAAAGGCUGGAGAAGAGAAUGAAGCUUGAUAAAAAGCGGGAGUGGGAAAUGAUGUGCCGAGUGAAGCCAGAUGUUGUCAAAGACCGAGACAGAGAAAGAAAUCUUCAGAGAAUUGCCACGAGAGGUGUUGUACAAUUAUUUAAUGCUGUCAGGACACACCAAAAGACUGUUGAUGAGAAGGUGAAGAAAGCUGGGAGCUCUGACAGGCAGCGUGCUAAACUACUGUCAUCUGUGUCAAAGAAAGAUUUCAUCAGUGUUUUAAGAAACAUGGAGGGUGCUAAAGGAAAGAAGAAUCCUGCUGGAAAGGCCACAAAAAGUAAACAGGGUGAAGUGAAGUCCGAGGAGGGGCCAGAAUGGAAUAUACUGCGUGAUGACUUCAUGAUGGGAGCAUCUAUGAAAGACUGGGACAAGGAAAGCGAUGGAGAGGGCAAUACUGAACAAGGAGGUGGUCUGAAACAAGAAGAUGACAGUGACUGAAUGAAACUGAAAACCAUUCAAGAUAAUGUUUUAUCUUCUUAACUUUGUUUGGAUAAAAAGUCAGCAUUCUGUGAAUGUACAACACUUGGAGGAUAUCUUUUUUUUUUUUUUUUAAAGACUUGCACAACUUUGGAGUGUUUUCUCCUCCAUGUCAAACUUUUAUUAAAUAUAGCUUCAUUUGCUAUAUUGAAAUCCUGAAAUAUUUUCCAAAACAUGUAUAAUUUUCAACAUAUUUCCAAAACAUUUUGUACAGUCAAAAUAGUGGCACCUGCCCAAUGAAAGAAAGAUUUUGCCAAGGUCAUUAAAAGUUUAUACAUUAGUCAUGGCAAUUGAUGUAUUAAUGUGCCUGCAUUUCCAAAUCAGUGUUGCACUUUGAAAAGUUGUUAGCGAUUCGCAGUAGAAAUGGCUUACAAUAAACACAGAAAUGCCGUCACCUUGUAAAGUUAUCGGACUCCUAUAGAGUCUUUACUACUUUGGCCAGAAAAGGUUUUGUAGAUAAUAAAGAAAAGUAACCAUUAAUGUGAUAGUUCUGGUCUUGGAGGAUUAGUUUGAUUGGAGACAACUUUGGAAACAUAACUGUAAAAAGAGAGACUUGAUCCUACUGAUUGGCUUUUAUAUUUUUUUAUAUAUAUAUGUACAUAUGUAUUUUUUUCUGCAGUGCAAGUCUUAAAUUGUAUAAGUUAAGAUACUGGUAAGAGAGGAAAGGACAGUCAUUGCUAUUGUUUUUGUUGGGGGAGGGAGGGAGGGCUUUUCUAGCAAUACCACAUAAAAUUAUAUGCAGUGUUGCUUCAUUUGCA